UGGGCCUGCCCGGUGAUACUGUCGCAAAGGCUGCACUGCUGCUACCGGCAAGCCCCCAUCGAUGACCCUGUUCCACCUUUACUUACCGGCCAGUCCCUCCAAAAGAUUCCUCGCCUCUCCUCUCAAGUGCACUGAUUGACAUUGAUCAUGCGAGCUUAAAGGCCUCCUAUUCAAUUUUACAGUCUGUGCCUCUGCUCUGAUGGAUGUAUCUUUCCCAAAGAGGACCACAAGACGACUGUCACUGUCUCACCCAUCCAUAACUGCGUGCCACCUUUUGCAUUAUCCUACCACUAAAUGCAGAACCACUUUUAUGGCUUAAUCCUCCAGUUGGAUCUCUCCCAGCUUCGUUGGGAAGAAGAUUUGCCGCAGAGCUUGUGAUGGUCAUUUGUUUGUUCCUGGCCAGUGGAUAUGCAGCUGAUUCUUCCACAACCACGAGUUCUCGGCAUUGCGUCCCAUGUGAUGUGUGCCUAAGCUGAGCUCACUCCGGACUGAACUUCCAAUAGAUCGAUCGAUCUCCCCAAGAUUCAGAAAAUGAUGAAGCGGUCCUGCUACUUCCCUCUGCGGUGGGAGAGCACGGGCGACCAGUGGUGGUACGCCUCGCCGAUCGACUGGGCGGCGGCCGACGGCCACUACGACAUCGUCCGGCAGCUGCUGCACCUCGACCCCAACCUCCUCAUCAAGCUCACCUCCCUCCGCCGGAUCCGCCGGCUCGAGACGCUCUGGGACGACGACGCCCGCUUCCUCGACGCGCCCCGCCACCGCGCCUCGGUGGCCCGGAGCCUGCUGCUGGAGUGCGAGUGCAAGCACGGCGCCGAGAACACGCUGCUCCGGGCCGGGUACGGCGGCUGGCUGCUCUACACGGCGGCGUCCGCGGGGGACAUGGGCUUCGUGCAGGAGCUGCUGGACAGGGACCCGCUGCUCGUCUUCGGCGAGGGCGAGUACGGCGUCACGGACAUGUUCUACGCGGCGGCGAGGGGAGGGGACGCCGUCGUGUUCAGGAUGCUGCUGGACCAUGCUAUGUCCCCAAGGUGCUCGACGAAUUGCCGCGAUGGGGACGGCACGAACGGGGGUGGUGGAGGAGGUCGUGCCUCGGUGUUCCGGUUGGAGAUGAUGAGCAGAGCUGUGCAUGCCGCCGCGAGAGGCGGGAGUGUGCAGAUGCUGAGGGAGCUCAUCGAUGGGAGCUCCGAUGUGUCGGCGUAUCUCGAUAUUCGUGGAUCGACCGUGCUUCAUGCUGCUGCGGGAAGAGGGCAGCUGGAGGUUGUCAAGUACCUCAUGGCCUCUUUCGACAUAAUCAACUCAACUGACAAUCAAGGGAACACUGCGUUACAUGUUGCAGCCUACCGAGGGCAUCUGCCUGUUGUACAGGCACUGGUUGCUGCAUCUCCAUCAACCUUGUCAGCUGUCAACAACGCUGGUGAGACGUUCCUCCAUUCAGCGAUAGCUGGAUUCAGAACCCCGGGAUUCCGACGUCUCGACCGGCAACUGGAGCUCACGAAGCAUCUCAUACAAGAAAGAACAGCAGAUAUCAGAAAGAUAAUCAACCUCAAAAACGAUGCAGGCCUUACCGCUCUUCACAUGGCUGUGGUUGGCUGUGUGCACCCGGACCUUGUCGAGCUCUUGAUGACCACGCCGUCGAUCGACCUUAAUGUCAAAGACGCUGGCGGCAUGACCCCGCUCUCGCUGCUCAAGGAGCAACUACAGUCAACCACGUCGGAGAGGCUCAUCAAGCAGAUAGUCUCUGCCGGAGGGGUACUGAGCUCGAGCGUGCUGAGAUCUCGGUCAGCCGUCGUUUCGCAAAUAAAGAUGCGAGGAGGGAUCGCUAUCAGCCCCGGCACCAUGUUCAAGAUAUCAGAUGCAGAGAUAUUCUUGUACUCAGGAAUCGGGACGGCGGGGUCUCGAAGAGCUAGCUCAUGCUCUAGCCCUGGCAAGUGUGACCUUGCAGAUGCAAAUGAUGAAGGUGGUGAUGUGAACCAUGGGUCAUCAGGGGGGAAGAGGCUGAGCUCUGCCAGCCGAGCAAAGGACCGUCUCAAGCUGAUGCUGCGGUGGCCUCGCCACAGGGAGAAGAUGUUGAGGACACCGAGGAAACCUGAGGACAGCGGCCCGCUGGACUCGAUCAAGAAGCUGAACGAGCAAGUCGCCGCCGAGACCCCGGCUCCGCUCAGGCAGGCGUUCACCAAGACGACCGCGCUCAACAACAAGCGCACGCUUGCGGUGAAGAGCUCCGCCCCCAGCUCGGCCACCAAGAAGAAGCUCAACAUGAAGCUGAUCCAUGGCAUCAUGGAGGCGAUGCCGCAGCUGGCUUCCUCGUCGUCGGCCAACCGGUCCCCGCCAAACACCCUCCCGAGGUCUUCCAUGUCCUCCACGCCGCCGUCCACGAAGCUGAAGGACAUCUGCUUCGACGACGAGGCACCGAUCAUGUCCGGCAAGCUCAAAGACAUCGUCCUGGACGGGAACGACGGCAGCGUGGACGACCCGUCUUGCUCGAACUCGUCCUUCACCGGAGACGACGGCGUGGCGGGGGCGGCCCGGAGGAACCACGGGUGCGGGAACGGGAGGCUGAUCAACAUCUGCUUCGGCGCGCAGGGGCUCGCCGUGGAGGACUCAGCGAGCGGGCAGCCGACGAGCAAGAUGUUCAAGCAGCAGUGCCUCCGGGUGUCGUGACCUGCGCCUGGCUGGGCUGGCUUUUGCGGUUCAACGAUGCCUCUGUAUCUGCCUGUUGGACUCCCCCCCUGUUUGGCUUGGCUUGGUUUGGUUUGAUUUGCUGCUCCGUGUGUAAUACUAGUAUGGAGCCAUGGCCCAUGGAGAUAUGGCUGGUUUGUAGAGAUGGACUGCGUGGGUGCGUGCAUGAUUUCUUGCUGCUCUCGCAACUAUUAACGACCCCUUGUGUGUUUGCGAUUUAUGUUUGAUGAAUCCACCAGAAGAAUGAAUUCAGAUUCA